CACCGCCGAACGCCAUGGCCCGCGCCCUGCUCUCGUGCCUCGCUCUGGCCUCCCUGCUGGCCGUUGCGCUGUCGGCCGACGCCGACGCCGCAGCGGCAGACCAGGAGGCGCAGGAGGCGCGCUACGGCGGCUACGGCCUCGGCUUCGGCUACGGCACCUACGGUCGCAACUUCAACGGCUACCGGGGCUACGGCAACUACGGCAGGAGCUACUACCCGGGCUACGGCCGUAGCAGCCGCUACCUGGGCCGCUACGGCCUCUACAACAACGACUAUGGCUACGGCCGCUACGGAAGCUACGGUCGCAGCCUGGGUCGCUACGGCGGCGGCUACGGCGGCUACGGUAACCGCAACGGCUACGGCUACGGAAGAUACGGCUACAGGAACGGCUUGGGUCUUGGCCGCCGCAGCGGAUACUAUGGCAACUACGGCAACAACUACUAUGGCUACUACUAGACUCCGAACGUCAGCUGUCGACCCACUCUCUCCCGCACUCUGUCAGUAGCAAAUGCCUUCGCAACAACCAAAAUACACGCGAUAUCCCGAAAGGUGAUGUCACAAACCAA